AUUGUGCAGUGCAAUCUGUGAAUCUGGCAAUGAACAAAAUAUUUAAAUACUGAAGAAGGUACUGAGGUAUGGGUUAAUUAAGUAAUCAAAAAUUUCCUCUUUAUUUUAAAUCUUUAAAUUAUUUGAAAUCCUCAAAAGUUUCAUAAUAUUGCUUUUGCCACAUCCGUGAUGCCUACUACUUUUAAUACUGUAAUAUAUUACUAUGAUAAGACACCCUUAACCAUCCAUACUAACUAUCUUUCAGAAUAAUUGCAGAAUUGUUGAUAAAGAUAUGAAAAUAGAAUGAAUCUUGAAAAUGAAGGAAUUUUGUCAAAUCCUGUAACAGAAGAUGAAGAUAUAUUAAUGGAAGACGCAUGCAAUGAGAGACAAUGUACUCCACAAGUAGGAGAUCAUACUUAUCAAAAUAAUAAAAAACAAUUUGUUGAAAUGAAAUAUAAAAGGCAUGGCUCAGAAACCUGUGUUGCUGAGUGGGAUCAUAUAUAUUCACAGAGGAAUAAAAUUUGUGAAAUCGAAGAGUCAAGAAUAAUUGUUGACAAUGUUUUGGAUACAUUGGUAAACGAUACUUUAAUAACAAUCAGUGCUUUGCAUAUGACUAAAAAGAAGCUUGCACAUAAGGAAAGUGCCAUUGAAAUCAAUUCUACAAAACAUGAAAUGGAAAAUUUUUUACACAAUGUCUGCAGCAAUCAACAAAAUAUUAACUCAACAAAAAAUUGCAAAAAAGAAGUUAUUUCAAUAGACCAUGCAUAUGCUUCAAUGGAACCAAGUAAACCUGAUUUUCCUUGUAAAAAACCGCAUCUGAAGAUGAAUGGUAAAAUUGACACCUUAGCCAACCAUGCGAGUAAAACAAAUAAUACAUAUUGUGUGAAAGAGAUCGUGCACAACCUUCUGAACGAAGUUAGUCAUAUAGUUGGUGAUAAAACAGAAGAAAGUAAUUGUAAGAUACUUUCUAAUGUUGAAAAACUCGACGCAAGCGAAAAUUUGAUGAAAAUUGAAACAUCAACCAAUUUUUCUAAUGAGGAUUCAAAAAAUAAAAUCCCAAAUAACACCACGAUAAAAACUAUAAUUGAGGAUCUAGUCACUAAUGUAUGCACCAUGGUUAAUACUAGUAAUUGUCGAAAAGUUGACAAUGACUUCGAAGAUUGUGGUAAAAUCAAAAUAUCUGACAUAGAAGCUGGCAAUGUAAGCUUAAGCACAAGUUGUCACAAUGCAGAAAAUGUUGGGCAAAAACAUGGUACGCAAAUUGUGAUGCAAAAUGGUGUCGCAGCAGUUGCCAAAGCAAUAGAUGAUACACAUUCGCAGGAGUAUUCAGAUAGUAAAUUCCAAACUCCUGAAAUUAGUAUGGACAUGGGUUUGAAUGCAACUGAAAAUGAAACACCUGAAAUUCAAAAUGUGUUAAAGGUGAGAUCCAAACGAAAAUCAGCUCCUGUCAAAUUUGCUAUCGACAGCUCAAAGAAACCAAGAAUUUUAAUCACAAGAAAACAAGUCCGGAAUUUACCGUCCGUUGUCUUUAAAACUUUGGUAGAAUUUCAAAACAGGACACAAUCAAUUGCUUCAAUAGUACCAGACUUUAAUGAAUCUCCACAAUUGAAGAACAGCGUGACUGUUCGUGUGCCUGUUCCGACAAGUUCUGAUGAAAUUGUCGAAACUUUGAACAAUCAUACUAAGGAAAGUUUUUGUAUUCCUUUAUUUUUGUCUGAUGAGAAUCAACAAAGUUCUAACUCAAUAAAUCAAAACGAUGAAGAAGUAUCACAUAAUAUGAGCAAGAUAUCUGAGGUAAAUGAAGUGAAUGAAAGCAAGAAAGUUGAUAGAAAAAGGUUGGCAACAUCAAAAAUUGCAUCUUUUUAUUGUAAAAGAUGGCAGCAAGUGUCAAAUCGUCAAAUAAUAAAAUUAUCUGAAUCAGCUCAUUGCACAAAGAUUAUUGUAACCGUACAAACUUCAGGCGGUGUUCUAGUACCUCUACCAAAUAAGCACUUUGAUUGGGACUUGGAAAUUGACGAAAGUUUCUGCAAUUUUUUGAAAAAAACAGGAGUGAUACAGCAUGGCUGUACUGCUGAAGAUGUAGGAAAUGGUUUUAAUAAUAUUGGAAUUUCAUUUUUAAAAUGUCGAUACACAUUCAAUCACAUUAAAAACAACAAAUUUCUGAAAUUUUAUCAGACGAAAAGAGAAAUUCUUCUUCGAAAAAAUAAUGUUGUGGAAAUUAUUGUUGCCGAGAAUAACAUUGAGAAAAAUGAACUUUUACCGCUAACAGACGAUUCUACUCUUUAUUACAAACUUCCAAAUUUCCAGAGAAGACUAAAAUUUAUACGAAGAUUCGGAGGAACUUUCAGACCAAUACAAGCUCGAAAACAUACAAGUAGAAGGAAUAGAACAGUGAAUUCUCUUGGAAAAAGGCAUAGGACAAGUUCUUCCAGUGCCCAAAUGUUGAAAUAUCCCGAAACUGGAGAAUCAGAGAAUGUCAAUAACCAUGAAAAAUUCCAGAGUGUUGUUCCCAUAAAAGAGAAUUCAAAAACUGAAAAAGCUAUAGAAGAGAAAUCCCAAUCAUUGAAAACAGUACAUUUGAAUCCAAGGGUUCUGGUCACCGAUGCUAAGUUCAAAAAAGUUUCUGUGGGACAAACCAGUGGGCAUACAUCGAUAAUUGCAGAAGAAAAAUCUUCAACACGAAACUCUAAUAAAAACACACCACAGAAUAGAACUUAUAAAGAAGUAUCAGAAAUUAGAGACUCAUUGAAUAGGUUGGCUUGUACACCACCAGGAAAAUCUGAUCAAGAAAAAGCCUUGCCAUCUCUUAAUAGUACUGACAAUGUCUUAUCAAUUAAGAAUCCUAUUGUACUCCUGAAGCGGGAAAAUUUGUGUGCAAAACCAGAUGAAGCAGUAGUAUUAGGUCCUACUUCUUUGAACAGUCCAACCUAUUCAAAACCGUUUGCUUCUAAAAUUAUGUAUUCUGAUGGACCAAUUGUAUUCAAUGGUCCGGCUCUUUCUAUACCUCAAAAUGAAAAGCGGUUAAUUGUACAACAAACUAGAAAUGAUGAACAAAAACAAGGCAGAACAAGUGGCAUGGUGACUAAAGCAUCGAAAAAACUUGGAAAAGUCUCCUCUAGUCGAAACAAAUCAAUUUUGGACAACAAAACCCAAAGCAGUAAAUUGCUUCACAAAUCUUGUACGUCUUCAAGUUCACAAAAACCUCACAAAGUCAAUGCAAUCAUAAAAAGAAGACCUCUAAAAAUUGUUGAGCGAAUACGACAAGAUAAUCCUGUUCGAAGAACUACAGCAAAUAAAAAAGCUAUGCUAGAAAUUGCAGCAAGAGGUACUUCAGUAAAAGCAGUUAAAAAUGUUGCAGCAUCAAUAUUUACCACGAAAAAACAUUUCAAGAUGAUUACUUCAAGGAUUCAAAAAAAUUCUGCCGAAUCAAGCUGUAUUUCAAAGGCGGAUAGCGGAAAUUCGAGAUUUUUGACAACAAAAACUGCUAAAAGUUUGUUAAAAAGUAAUCCUAAGCGAAAUUCCACCGAAAGCUUCCCUAGAAACCAACCAAAAAUAGCAGAGAAUACUAAUGUUAUCACCCAUGCUGGAGGGUCAUCGAUCCAAUCCCAAAUGUUACAGAAAAGAGCAAUGCCAACAUUUGGAGUAAGACAAUCAUACACUGGUACAACAGCAAAUAAAUCUCUAGACAAUGUACAAAUGUUAUGUCCAUUUCAACAUAUCCCAAAAGUCAGUCAUAUUCUUUCCAUUAUGGAACCUAGAGCAACUACUUGUUGUUUUUGUCACCUCCCAGCAAACCAUCUUCUUGGCUUAGGUGAUUUAUUUGGACCCUAUCGACCUCUCGCGGAAGAGCUUUUAGCAAGGCAAGACUCUAUCAAUGAACAUCAGAAGAUGAAUCAACGUGGUAUCACAGAAGACAUGGCACAUGCAGCUAAUGGAAGUCCAGAGGUUACUAUCGACAGAGAGGAAGGAACAUGCUUCAUGACAGCAAGAGUAGAAGAAGAUUGUCCUAUAGUUGGAGGCAACAAAGUUGAAGAUCUCACACAAACCAUCAAUAAGUCCUCGCAUCGUUUGAGGACAAUUUCCACACUGGAGCACGUACUGCAAGAUUCUAGAAAUGCAUCAUGGCAAAAGAAACAAAAAGUUGUACAAAAGCUUGGAAAUGUAGCAUUACGCAUCCCAGGUCCUAAAAGUGAAUGUAAACUUGUCCCAAGCACUAACUUUGACACUGAAACAGAUUCUAACUCUCAGACUGAUGGAUUAAUAUCCAACAUUAACUCUAUUGUCUUCCUCGAGCCCAAAAUUACUCUACCUCAUAACAAAUCCAGCAUUGCUUCUACACAGCAAGGAACUCUUUCCUCAAAUCGAAGGUCAUCACAACAAACAUCACGGCCAUCUCAAAAUUCAGGACGGAAACGUCAAACGUCGUCCAAUUCUAGUUUUCAUGGAGACUUGAAUGAGAGUGAUUCAACAAGCGUCUGUAUAAGUCAUAAAUUCAAUUUAGCACCUUUGUGGGUUCAUGGAAAUUGUGCUCUGUGGGCUGACGGCGUGUACGCCAUUCGUGGACAAUUAUACGGCUUAUGGGACGCAGUUCGUACAUCGAACCAGAUUAUAUGUAGUUUAUGUCACCGCACUGGAGCUACUAUAGUUUCAAAGGAAGAUAAAUUGAAUUCAAGAUUCAAUGGUACACCAUUGAAAGCUUAUCAUUACCCAUGCAGUAUCAGUGCUAAUUUAAAAUUAAAUUGGGAAAAUCUGACUGCCCACAGAAGCUGAUACUCUUUUUUUCAUUCUUGCUAACUUCAAGUACUUUCUCUUCCAAUUUUGAUGAAACUGUUGCCAUCAAAGUGUA